GCAGCUGCUGGUCCAAGCUCUGAGUUAGCACUGAGAAGAAGGUGGUGUUUGUAUGGGGCAGGAUGCUUUCAUGGAGCCCUUUAGCCAACUUAUUUUGUGACUUACAGUGCAAAAUAUAUUUUCUGCUUGUAGGUAUUUGUUCUGCCUUGAAGCUGACAGUACCAUCUCAUACUAUCCACGGUAUUGAGGGGCAACCUCUCCAGCUUACUGUUGACUACAAUUUCAACACUACAGCCUGUGAAAUCCAAAUUAUUUGGCUGUUUGAGAGGCCUCAAAGUAAUCCAAAAUACUUGCUUGGCUCUGUAAACCAGACAGUAGUACCAGACUUGGAAUAUCGGCACAAGUUUACCCUCGUACCACCUAAUGCGUCUUUGAUGAUCAAUCCGUUACGUAUCAGUGAUGAGGGCAACUACAUUGUAAAAGUCAAUGUCCGUGGAAAUGGAACAAUAGCUGCCAGUGAAAAGAUUCAAGUAGCUGUUGAUGUUCCUGUCACGCAGCCGAUUGUGCAGACUGAGCCAUCUUCUGGGGUAGUGGAGUACGUGGGGAAUAUCACCUUAAAAUGUACCGUGGGAAAAGGCACGAGGGUAGUUUACCAGUGGAAGAAAAAUGGGAAGCCUCUCCAUGCUGGCCCUAACUAUAUCUUUUCAUCAAACAAUGCUACACUUCUAAUUGUUCCUGUUGUAAAAGAGGACAUUGGGAAUUACAGCUGUUUGGUAUCCAACCCUGUCAGUGCAAUGGAAAGUGAGCAAAUUGCACCAACCAUAUAUUAUGGACCUUAUGGACUCAGAGUUAAGUCAGACAAAGGUAUGAAUGUAGGGGCAGUGUUCACAGUUGACAUAGGGGAAGCUAUCCUGUUUGACUGCUCAGCAGACUCAAAUCCACCAAAUACUUACUCAUGGAUUCAAAGGGAUGACAACACCACUCAGGUAAUCAAGUACGGACCCCACCUGGAAGUGGUAUCUGAUAAAGUGUCCCAGAAGACAAUAGAUUACAUGUGCCGUGCUUUCAACAACGUGACUGGAAAACGAGAUGAAACUCACUUCACAGUGAUCAUUACUUCUGCAGGAUUGGAAAAGCUGGCCCAGAAAGGAAAAUCUUUGUCAUCUCUUGCAGUAAUAACUGGAAUUUCAUUAUUUUUGAUCCUAGUUAUGGUCUUUGUGUUCAUAUGGAAAAGGUAUCAGCCACAUAAAGUGAUACGACAGAAGCUGCAGAGCAGGCCAGAGGCUGAUUACAGAAAGGCACAGACAUUUUCAGGACAUGAAAGUGCAUUGGAUGAUUUUGGGAUCUAUGAAUUUGUUGCUAUUCCUGAUCAUGCCAGUGGUUCUAGGGUUUCAAGUCAAUCUGUUCCUGGCUCAGCCACUGUCCCAGGCCAGGAUAUGCUUAGUACAGUUUAUGAAGUUAUUCAGAAUGUUCCCGAGCAGCAGCAGCAGCAGCAGGAGGACCAUCAACAAUGUAUAUGAAGAUGGAGGAACAGGAAACCAAAGCAUCUGAAAAUACAAAAUGGACUUAAUUUUCUUUGUUAUAUAUUGAAAAGAAGUGCCCACAACUCUAAAAAUAGCAAAGGCUUACAUCAGCUUUUCUUGAAAUAGCAGCUUAUCUUCAGACUUUGGGUGCUCUGAAUUGCCUUUUUUUUUUUUUUCUUUUACAUUUUUUCUUUUACUUCUGGUUAAGUCAUAGUUUCUUGAAAAGUAUGUCUCUUUUUCAUUCUUUAUAUUUUUUCCUUAUUUGUGGAUACAAAAAGUCGAACAGUUUAAAAAUUAUAGUAUAAAGCCUAUACAUUUUAUUUUAAUAGUGGGUGGGAGAGACAUAGAGGAAUCAGGCCCACAAUGCCUCCCAUGCUUGUUUUAUUAAAAAAAAAAAAAAAAAAAAUUGUAUGGAAGAUUUUCAUUGGGCUAGAUUUUACAGGAGAAGGUCUUCAUGAAAAGUAAUAGAUGCAAUAUGUCAGAUUGCAAAAGACAUUUGAAGUUUAAAAUAAAGUCAUUCUUUUAACUCU